AUGUCGCCCUGGACCCGCAUACUUCCGACUGUCCACUGCGACUCGCCAGAUGGCUCCUCUUCUAUCACAAAGUCGGCUCUCCAGUCGGUGCGCACCGCGGUAGCUGUACCCGAGAGCGAGCUUAAGCGGUGGAGGCGUACUUUCGAGGCUAACGCGAAGGUUAUCAAUGGCGAAAAGUUUUUGGACGCGGAUGGAUUCAUCGACGCUAUUGCACCUGCAGGGGAUCUCUCAAAGAUUGGUCGCGCACAGUUUGGCAUUCUAUUUCGCAUCGCCGACACUUCCCGACGUGGCCUCAUUUCCUGGGAUGAUUUCACGGUGUUCGAGACUCUCUUGAAGCGGCCCGAUGCUGAUUACUGGAUGGCGUUCCAGUACUUCGAUGUUGAUCAUUCUGGGUAUAUCGACUAUAAUGAAUUCAAGACUGUCUUUUCUGCCAACCUCGGACCGGACGCUAUACCUUUUGAUUUCGACUGCGACUGGAUCAAACUAUACCUCGGGAAGAAGAAUGGAUCCCACGUGUUAGGAUAUAAUGAAUUUACGCAGCUUAUGAAGGGCUUGCAGGGCGAGCGGCUGCGCCAGGCCUUCAAAUACCUAGAUACCGACCAGGAUGGAUUUAUUAGACCGGAGGAGUUCAAAAGAAUCAUUCUAGAAAUUGCGGGACAUAAACUAUCAGAUUCCGUUAUAGAUCGUCUGCCCACUCUUUGUACUUUGAGCCCUGGGCAGCGUAUAUCUUAUUCAGAAGUCGUUGCAUUUCAUAAUGUUAUUAGAGAAAUGGAUAUGGUAGAACGAAUAAUUCGUGAAGCGACUGCGAAAAGCAAAGAUGGACGGAUUGACCAGGCAGACUUCCUCAACCAUGCAGCGUCAAGCUCCCGCUACUCGUUGUUCACACCCAUGGAGGCUUCUAUUGUCUUCCAUUUUGCCAGUCGCGGACUUGCCUCGCAACGCUUGGCCCUCAUCGAUUUUGGACAGUUACUGGACCCACGUUGGAGACCUCCUCAUGAGGAACUUUUUGACGCGAAACCGGCAGUCAAGGUAUCAUUUCUCCAGAACUUCCUCCAUUCAUCGUACAACUUUGUCCAAGGAGGUGUCGCUGGUGCCUUUGGAGCAACUAUUGUUUACCCUAUUGACAUGGGUGAGUUUUGCUUUCAUACGAAGGGAAUGCAAAACCAACGCUCUACGGUGGUUGGCCAGUUGCUAUACAAGAACAGCAUAGAUUGCGCAAAGAAAAUUUUUCGUAACGAGGGCUUUUUGGGCUUCUACCGUGGACUUGGCCCCCAACUUGUUGGCGUUGCUCCCGAGAAAGCUAUUAAAUUGACUGUCAAUGACCUUGUCCGUUCUCGUGCCAUGGAUCCUGAAACGGGGCGCAUUGCAGUCGGCUGGGAGCUCGUGGCAGGAGGAUUGGCAGGAGGAUCACAAGUGGUGUUCACUAACCCUUUGGAGAUUGUCAAAAUUCGCUUGCAAGUACAAGGCGAGGCUGCGAAAGUUGAAGGUGCCGUACCGAAGGGUGCUAUUCACAUCAUUCGUCAACUGGGAAUACUCGGGUUAUACAAAGGAUCCACGGCGUGCUUGCUCCGUGACAUUCCAUUCUCUGCCAUUUAUUUCACCGCGUAUUCGCAUCUGAAGAAAGAUGUUUUCCAAGAAGGAUAUAACGACAAACGUCUCUCGUUUUUGGAAACUCUCGCGGCUGCUGGUAUAGCUGGCAUGCCUGCGGCAUAUCUUACAACACCAGCAGAUGUCGUGAAGACGAGAUUACAGGUUGAAGCACGAAAAGGUCAAACAAAUUACUCAGGUCUUCGUGAUGCCUUCGUAAAGAUCUAUCGUGAAGAAGGAUUCCGUGCUCUAUUCAAAGGAGGCCCCGCACGUGUAAUCCGUAGCAGUCCUCAGUUCGGAUUUACACUUCUCGCCUAUGAAACGUUGAAGGACGUUUAUCCUUGGGCAGAUAAGCCUAUCAAGGUGGAGACUGCACUUACCUCUCGCCCUGACGAAAUGUCGAAAGUGCGGGCUAGAAAUGCACUCAAAAUUUUGUUGGAUGUUCAUGGGGACUUUGGACAUCGGGCAGCUGCAUUUGCCGGCAAGCCUCUGUCUCUAUCCAAUCCAAGGCUGUCCUCAUGA